GGUCGCGCGAGAGAAAACCUGGUGGUCUCGAAUGCAUUCCUUCUUUCUCGUUCAUGUGAUAUGGAUUGUUGACAACAGAUCAAGUUUUGAUUGUCUGCCUUCCAUGAUUGUUGUUGACUUUGACUUCCAUCUUGUUCUUGUUCUUGUUCUUGUUCACGCCAUGAGGUCGCUCUUGCUCGGUACAGUACAGCAAACGGUCUCGCCAAAGGGUCGUCCUUCCCAAUCGGAUCCAAUCCCACUCUCGUUUAGACUCAAGAUCAAGAUGCUGAUUCUCACGCCCUGUCGUUUGCAUCCUUCCAAGAAAAAGAGAAAUCCUGUCACUCAUUCACACUCACACUCACACUCACUUCUCAGCUGCCAUCAUCCCAGGCAGAAUCAAACCAGGCAACGGGAAUCUUGAUUAUCGUGACUGUUACACGUCAAACGACUCGUUCAUCUCAUCAUCUCUCACAACCCUGACUCAAAGUCACGUCCAACCUUCUCACCUCGUACCAUGGCCACGAAUGAGGAAUCCCCACGAACGGGGCAAACCCUGGCAAUCAUUGGCUGCGGAACCAUGGCCUCAGCCAUUUUGUCAGGCGUUCUUAAUGCUUGUGCCGCUUCCCAAGCGCAAGGAGACGAGCCCAGAAUAUCUCGCUUCAUCGCAACGGUCCAGAGCGAAGGAUCGGCUGCGGCUCUCCGAUCACGCUUCCAAGACCGAAUCGAAGUUAUUCGGGGAGACAAUGUCACGGCGAUGAAAGAGGCUGAUCUCGUUCUAUUGGCAUUCAAACCUUACAUGGUUGACAAAGUCCUCCGAAAUGAGGGUGUUUAUGAAGCUUUGCUAGGCAAACUCGUAAUCAGUGUCUUGGUAGGCUCUCCGGUUCAAAAGCUGGAGGAUGCGAUCCGUCUGUGCCAACCUUUUGGGAAGGGUACUAUCACCAACAAGGCAGGCGCGCUUCACAUCAAGCGAGCAAUGAUGAAUAUAGCAGUCGAGUUCGGCGCAGGCAUGACUGUCAUCGAAACCACCGAAGACAUGCCUCCCUCCUACAACGAACUAACAGACUGGAUCUUCCUGCAAUGCGGCAAAAUCCAAUCAGUAGCCCCAGAACUGUUCGAUAUCGGCGGAGUCAUGGCCGGCGCAUCCGGUGCCCUGCUCUCCGUGGCGUUCGACGGCAUGUUGGACGGCGCAGUGAGUCAAGGACUCAAGAGAGCGGAUGCGAAGAAGAUCUUGACGCAGGCUCUGUUCAGUUUGGCGACGCUGUUGGAGAACGGAGAGCAUCCGGCGGUGUUGAGGGAGAAGUUUAGUAGUCCGAAAGGGACGACUAUUGAUGGAUUGUUAAGUCUGGAGGAGGAUAGAGCGAGAUAUGCUUUUAGUAAGGCGGUCAUUGCGAGUUCGAAACGGAGUCAGGAGAUUGGGAAAUAGAGGGGAUUAGAUUUGUGCUGCGUUGCUUCAUAGACGUUUGAUACACCUCUAGACUUGUGCUUAAAGUUGAGCCUAGAUCAUAGAUGCAGCAUUGCCUAUUUAUCAUAUCGG